AAAUAAGUAGUCAAUCAUUUCAACCUGUGGAUUUAAAAAUUGGCGCGCCACUUCUGACAAAAUAGUUGCAACAUUCACACAGCACUGCUCCUACCCACAGGUGCUCGCUUCCGAUCGACCAAAAACAAUCUCGGAAAUCGUCACGCAACUUCUAUGUUGGGUUGGCUGUCGUUUUUUUUUUUCGAUGCACAUUCUAUUUCGUUUAGCUUUACACCACCAUCGGAUCGGAACUAAGAUUCAGUGUUUCGGCAAUUUUUGAACAGUGAACAUCGUGCAAUCGCGUGAAAUCCCUAGCGCCACCCGUAGCUGCGUGAGUGGAAUUUGUUUUUUUUUUAGUGUGAGAAGUGCGUUUUAUUAGGUGCCACCAAACCUGCCGCAGCUUUCAAACUCUUCAAACCUUGGCCCCAACAAAUCACCCGCCUCACUCACAGGUCGCUCAGAGCCGUUUGUUCGGUUCAAGUUAGAGGAGGACAUUAUCGGAAGUAGUCUCAGUGUCAGCAGCGCUAGCACCGGCGGUGGCAGCAGCAACAAUGAAGACAGCCUAGAGAUUAUGGAGGAAAUAGAUAUUCCAGACGAUGAAAGCACACAGGAUAAUGACGCCAGCGGUGGUAGCAUUUCCGAAAACCUUGCCCUGAGCGUAGGUCCCGCCGAAAAUGCGCAACAACGGCCAUUGGACAAGGGAAAACCUGCUACCGACAGAAAAAGGCAGUUGUUCGAUAUUGACGAUGAACCACCGCCUGGUGGGUCAUUCGGGAAGACGUUCGACAUCGAUGAGUUGCAACUCUCGGGUGAUGAAAUUGCUCAACAUUUUCAAUCAUUUAGUGAAAGUACUGACCCAAAAGGUGAAGAUAAUAAAGUGAAUCUCGACGAUAAAAAGAAACUGUUGCAACAAAAUCCCGAUGUUGGGUCUAUGGGCGUGUUGUUGGAUGAUGUUGAAUCUACAGAAGAUGUACCAGAAAGUGAUCUAACGAAGGAUGAAUCUCAGUUGAAGCAAAGCUCCGUUCAAAAAGAGUUUGAAUCAAAAAAAGAAUUAUCUCCCCUGAACGAAGAUGUGGUGUUAAUAAAUAAUAGUAAAGUUAGUUUGAAAUCGUUGAAAAAGCUUCAGAAACAACCGAAUGUGCUUGAUAACAGUGGAGAUAACAGUUAUAGUACAACUAAUGAUAUCUCGGAGCUUGCCCGAGAUACGGAGAGCGAUCGUAUAAUGAGUGAUAACAACGAUCACAGUUCUCAAAGUGAUGCUGCUCCUAAACCAUCUGAUAGUGAUAAGGAAGCAUCUCUUCCAAAAGUGUCAUCAAUACAGUUAAGAAGCAAAAGUGUGGAAAUGGAAAAUAGGAGCAAAAAACCUGAAGUUGAGCCUCAAUUUUCCAGUCUUGGAAUAGUGAAAUUAUGUGAAGAAAAAUCAAUAGAUAUGCAUGAUUCAAGUGUUGAAGAAGAUAAUUCUAUUGAAGAAAUGUUGAUGUCAAAUGCUUCAGUUGAUGUAUCAGCAGUUAACGAGUCGGUUAUGUCAGAAGUUCAUCAAUCCAAAAAAGAUUCAACAGAUAGUAAUCAUUCUAGUGAUUUGAGGGAGAAAAUACUUAAUUCAAGUAAAUCCUUUGAAGAAGUAAAAUCGCAGCAUGAAGAAUUAGAUGUGCCCACCGACAAAUUCGAAGGAAACAAACCUGCUGUUGUCAAACAAAUGGAAAAGAUUACUGACGUUAAGGAAGCGUUGGAGGAUAUUUCUGAGGAGUCGGAGCAAACAUUGACUAACUCUAACCAUUCGGAAAACCGUCCAAACACGGAUGACGAACAGUCAAAACCUCUAGCUGUGGUGGAAAAGGGUAAGGAAAUGCGCAAGAUACUCGAAGAGAAAAUUCUAAGAAAUCAACUCAGCAUAGAAAGUACUAUUUAUGAGGAUAACAAAGAAAAUAUUCCUGAUUCAUUAAGUAUAAACAAGAGCACCGAUUUGGACAGUGUUGUGAGCUUGAACAUGUUUCAAGCAAUGAACAACGAGAUAAAGCAGCUUCAGGAAAUUAUUGCUACAAAAGACAUAAUGCUAGAAGCUUAUUCUACAAGAGAUUCUUUAAAGGAAGCUCGUUUAGAAUCUCUAAAAGAUCCACAAAGAUCUAGCGAUUCCAGUAGCCUAACUACCAACUCGACCGAGUACAGACCCCUGAACGAUGAAACAGUAUCCAAAAAAGAACUUCUCCAAAAAGUCGCCGAUCAAAAUCAAUGGAUUGUAACGCUUGCCGAAAAGCUACAAGAAACCAAUCAAGCACGAGAACAAGAACGAUUGGAAAGCAUCAAAUUAGUGGCGGAAGUCAAUCGUCUCACCAAGCAGCUGGCUGAAAAUGCCGAAACAAUCAGACAGAGACCACAUUGGAUGCGAGAUCAGGAAAGUACCGGGCAGAGAAUAUCUGAAAUUUCUAUGGAAUUAGUCAGCGAAACAGACGAUGCCCUGUCAGACUUUCCCGAUAUGUAUGAGGAACGAUCGAACAGAAAUUCGCGGGAACGUCAGUUGGAUUUAAAUUUAGACAUAGAUUAUUCUGAACAAAACCCUCUUCACAUUCCCACCGCAAUCAGCAAGCAGCUGGAGCAGUUCAGAAAAUAUCUGUCACCAGAUGAGUUGAGGCUUUUCAACAUGGUACAAGGGAAAUUUGACGACUACUUGCAGCAAGAAAUGGACAAAACGAAGACAACUUGUGAAGAUGAACUCAAAAUUAUCCAAGAACGGCUCGUCACAGAGAAAAACGAGCAUGAAACAGAAGUGAGCCGACUGAGACAAUUGUUAUCCAACGUGACAAGUGGAUCCGUUGACAUCGAAGACCUCAAAGACCUUAAAAGCGAGUUGGAGGCUCGCCAUACUCAGGAGAUGGACGAUUUGCGGACAUAUUUUGAGGAGAAAGUUGCCGAAUUUGAGAAACAAUACUCGGAAAAAGUUUUCUCGCAACAUAGCAGACAAAUGUCGAAUGACACGGCUUCCGACAUAUCAGAUCAAGAGGAAUUUCCGGAAGAAAACGGUGGCUAUCAUUCCAAGCACACUAGCCCAAAGCGUAAGGCUAAGGAGGAUAUCUACCUUAGCCCAACACAUCGAAAAAUCACUCCAACUACGAUCGACACCACCGAAAGUAGCGCGGAUGAAGUAAUGGAAGUCACCGUGGAGACUGAAAAUGUGAGUAGCACUUUAUUUUUAGCUGAUGAGUUGGCUAAUAUUAAAAAAGUAACUAUGGGAUUUUCCCGUUUCGUAUAAUGCUACUUUAGGGAU